UCUGUUAACCCUUCCACACCGGCUUCUAAGCUAACACCUCGCUCUUUCCUCUUGUCACAAGUUCCACUUGUUGCACCUCAUGCACUUCUCUUGGUGCACUGGGAUCACGAGGGAGGUGGUAUUGGUGGAAACGCAGAGCUUCGUCCCGAGCUGCGACCAGAGACACAGUUGUCCCUUGGAUCCGAGGAUCCCCGUUAUCGGGAGUUCAGCACAAUAAGCAGUAGUUUUCAUGCCGAUGGAGCCAGAAGUCCCAGGAAACCACUUCCGGAUUGGAUUCAAGAACAUCUCGCACAGGAAGGCGGUGGCCGUCAUCGACAGGACACUCCAACAGACGAAGGUCCAAUGUCCCCCUCUAGUCCAACCAACGAUGGCCAUGUGAUUGACCAUUUAGACGCGCAGAUAUCCACGGGGAUCGUCGGUGUCGGCGGAAGUGGUAUCGGCGGUGCGAGCUUUGACUAUGGGUUUACAGCAGAAGCUUUUGCCAAUGUCACUCCUGACUCGAGCUGGGACUAUCGAGCCAACCGAACUGCCGUCAUCUAUGACUCUGGUGACGACUCCGAAACGGAUAUGGAUCGUGGAGCAGGGGGGAAUAGUGGUACGGGACAUCAAGCUCCUGUGAGACUGGGGUUACAAACGGAAAUGCUCAGGAUGGGUACAGGUCCCAGCGGGGUCAUUAUCAGCGAAGGCGUCGCUCUAUCCCCUUCAGAUGUCGACUCGGACAUCGAUGUGACAGUUGCCACAGGUGCCAGUCGAUUUGUCAUGCAGGAGCGUAUUAGGAGGGUGUAUGGACCUCUGGAAGGAGACUCCGUAGAAUCCGACGCCCUGGACAAUUCUUCACUCGAGCAGUCAGAAGAUGGAAAUGAUUCAGACGCCACAGAAGAUGGACGUAAUACGCGCCCUGAUGGACCAACACGCGUAGGUAAACUGAAAAAGGAGAGGAUGCGAUUGAGGGAGGAGCAAGAGGUGGAACGUCUUAGGAGAGAAGAAGAGGGACAAGAACGUGCACUUGCAAGCCUAGAUGCCGAGAGGGAAGGAGAUAUGGAUGAUCGAAAGAGUAUACGAAGCGUGAGGAGCGAUAUGCGCCUUACUCUACCGAAACGUCUCCCUCCAGUACCAAUUGGUGUCAUUGAAGCAUGGCAGGCUGGACUGCUUUACGCGCUAACGCGGUAUGAGAUUCCUCUAGACAAAAAGUUUCGUUCGAAUCUGACUUGGGUUCAUAGACACGUUCUCCCAGGGGCGCCUUACUGUCCGAAUGUCCCUACUCCAAAGGUGACGGACACAAAAGGGAACAAUAACAAUGCCAAGAUUGGAAAGAAACCGGAUGUUCAGGAUUCUGA